AUGGAGAGCUCCUCGGGCAAGCUGGUAGACCUCGCUUUGGUAUCAAAAUACUACCCCGUAGCCAACUACUCAUAUCCUCGAAAGGCUUCUACUUCUACCAACUCUACCAACUGCUACAGUAACUCACGAUGCUCGUCAAAUAGCUCUUGCCGCGGAAGAGAGUCUUUAGGCUCAGAUGGAUCAGCCCCAGGGCUCAUUGAAGACCGAACCGAUUCAGAAGUUUCGGUGGAUGAUGACUAUCAAUACCAUGCGCACACUGCCGAGUUGUGGGAUAGCUUUUGGCCUCAUCGUGCAAGUUCCAAGGUUGAUGAGGGUUCACGUCUUGUACCGAACAAACAAUACCCGGCAUUGAUACCAUCUCCUCACAGGAAGAAGCCAUCCUUGGACCACGAGAACUGCGAACCGCCAUCAUGGCCCCUCCCAAAUGGCGCAUCAUCGCAAGCUCAAACCCAGACCAGAAAAGCUGCUGCAACAUACUCUCCAUUCCCAAAAUUAUCCUGUCCUCCACCGACCAGAGCACUGCCACCAGUCCCUGCUCGUAAGGAGAGAAAAGCGACACAGCGGCCUUCAACCUCAUGCGGCUCAAGCAGUAAACCAUUGAGACCACCUCGCCCUUCCGAAACUCUCCUAACGCCUUGCAUCCAACAACCUACAUUUACGCCAGUGAGCUUUGCCAUGCCGGAGCUACUGGUACAAAGAGACGAGGAUCUCAGUCCAAUUUCACCCACGAGCCAUCCUCGGCCGACGACAUCCGCCGGCCAGCGCGAGUGCAAGUCUCUCGAUGAGCCCUCUUUUAAUCGACGCUCUCACUGCACCAUUUAUUCAGUCAUUUCCCAUUCCGCCACUCAUCUACCUGCCCCUGAGAUUCGGCCAUCUCCUAUCCGAGCACCACGUCACUUCAAAUCUCUCGCCGUCUUGUCUCCCACACAACCCGAGCCAGAGCCCCAUUCUGUAUUUGAGGACGACUCAGACACCGAAGAGGAGCACAGCAGGAAGUUGUUCAGCUUUCACAAGCGCUCAGAUAGUGAUCAUAAACGGAGACGAAACCGGUCAAAUACCUCACCAGCUCAACCGCCCGUCUCCCAGGAACAAGAUUCUCCGAGUAAUCAAGGAGCUCGUCCUCUUUCUGUCACUCCUAUACAUCAGAAACGUCAUGGACACGAUGUUUUCGGGCGCUUACUCGGAAGGAGAAGUCGGUAA